UUCGCAUAUUGUGGUAUUACGAGGUAAACCAGCCAUCUUGUAUUAGUCUUCCACCACCUCUUGACUUUUAAUCAAGACCUUUUCGUAACGCUCUCUUUUCCAAACUUUUUUUCUUUAUACGUUGUAUUCGUAAGCUUAGAAUUGGCAGCACAUUUUCUGUCUGCCUGUUGCAGAAUUGAAUUCUUUUUGUGUUCUUUAGAUGUUCAGGGCUUCUGUCCGCUUUUUGAAGUUCCAAUAGAGUUUUUGUUCGUUUUACUGUUAUUACUUCUUUCUUUUUACAAUCAAUUUCUGGGAUUCUUCGUAAAUUAAUAGAGCGUUUAUUUCUGUUGCAUUUGUGUCUUACGUUUCUUUCCUUUCUUGUCAGUCGAUAGACAUUAGUUCUCUUUUGUUCUUUUCCAAGUUGGGGUUUCGAUUUUUUGUUUUUUUUAGAAUACCAUCUUUCUUGAUUCUCUCCUUCUUUGAAUUUUUUUUUGCUUUAUAUGAAGCUCUCCAAUGACAUUUUUCGCAAGCCUUCUCGACAUGAGCACAGAAACAAACGCACGUCCAUAGAUUAUCCGGAUGACUUUCUGGCUUCUCCCGUUUCCACACCUAGUUCCACACCUAACACAUCUCCGGUCUCACCGAAACGACUCUCUAUAUCCGACUUUUCUUCUUUUCGUUUAUUUUCAUCUCCUUUUAAUUCACCCAAACGUCAUGAAAGCACACAUUCACGCCGACUUCCUACAACGCCCGAGCGUCCUCGUUUGUCUCCUUCCCGCCGUACUACCUCUUAUACCGUGCGAUCUUCCCCCGCUCUUCCUACAAUGAGUUCUAACUAUUUAUACGAUGCUGACCCAAACGGGACGGUCUCUUCGUUUCCCAAUGCUCUUCACACAAAUUUUUCCCCGAGCGAUCCUUUAGAUAUAGAUCCUUACCUCAUGUCCCCAGGUACGGAUGCGCAUCGUCCUUUACCGGAAACUCCAUCUCCAACGUCUUUUGUUACUCAUCCGUUGCCUCGUCCUCCGCUUUUGAGUGCUCAUUCAAACAAUUCUUCACCACAGAGCACUAGUUCUUCCAACAGCUUCUACUCUCUUUAUAAUGAGCAGCCUCUUUCCUUCUCUCCCGAACCUUAUUUACCUCUUUCCCCUAGUCGCUCUCCCUCUCGGUCCACAAGUCCAUUUCGUACUGCAAUUAAUGACGCUAAUGUUAACUCUGUUUCUCAACGUGACUCUUAUGGAUAUUGGAGUGAUCCUUCCUUUACGGAUUUGACGUCUUCUCCUAGUCCAGUGAGUUUUUCUUCUCCCAAUAAAGAAUUACAUAUUCCUAGAGAACUUCCUAAAGUCCCUGCUCGGCAAUAUGCUUCUGGCGACAUCUCAUCUCCUUUAAUGUCUCGCUCAUCAAGGCCCACUCAAGCGAAUGCUUUGUUUGGUAGCUGUCGUGAACCGUGGUCACUUAAAAAGCUUUUUAUGUGGUGCAAGGAAGAGGUUUUUCCCGCUCUUAGUGCAACAACGAUCGAUGGUGCACCUCGUCAAGAUCUUGCCCAAAUAAUGGCUAUGUUAUUCACAAUAUCAGUUCCAUCUAUGGACUUUCUCAUUGCCGAAGUCCUUGCAAAAAACAUCAUUAGUGACUGGAUUCAGAAUGGAUUUAUGAAAGUUAUUAACCUUGAAAAGUUGUAUAUAACCUUUGUUGAUGAUGAGUUUCCUUCCAAUGGUGGCGUACUUCCUAUUUUAACAAACGGCGGGUGCUAUUCAUACACAUGUCGUUCUAAAUCUACUUCUUCCAAGUACACAUGUUAUACUUGUAGGUGUGUAAGAAAAUCUACAAAUGGACUUACUCGUUCACAAGGGGACACUAGUGAUGAUUCUUGGAAUAUGUUUUGGAAUCUCUCACCCCAGGAUUCAUUGCCUUCAUCACUCACGAAAAAGGAAGUUGCUCGACAAAACAAUAUCCAUGAACUUAUUUGUAAGGAAUCAGAUUAUGUUGCUGAUCUUCACACACUUGCCGAACUUUUUAGAGACGGGAUUGUCCAAGAGAAUUCCAUUGUACCCAGUAACCGAGUGGCUGAUUUUAUACAAUCUGUCUUUGGAAAUGUUGAAUCAAUUCGUCAGCUACAUUCGCAAUUUAUUUUACCUCAAUUGAUCAUAAGAGAACGAUUGCAAGGGCCCGUAGUGUCUUUAAUAGGAGAUAUUCUUUUGGAAUGGGUACAUUUGGCUAAAACAUCCUAUAUAAAUUAUGCGAAGCAGUUUCCGUUGGCUGAUGAAACUUACAAGCUGGAAUGUCAACGAAAUACGUACUUUGCUCGUUGGUUAGCAAGUUGCAGAUCAGACCCCCGCUGUCGUCGACUAGAUUUUCAGCAUUUCUUACAAAGACCAACCCAAAGAUUACAAAGAUACACUCUUGAAUGGGAUACUAUUCUUAAACAUACAGAUCCUACAAGUUGGGAUUAUCAGUUGAUUAGUCAAGCUGAGAAAGAGCUAAGGGCAACAUGUGAAGAAUGUGAUGCAGUAAUUGCUACAGUUUUAGAGUCCAACCGUAUCCGUGAUCUUUCAUACCAAUUAUUAUUCAAAAAUCAUGAAGGUAUCAAUCUGGAAUUGAGAGAUCCGGAACGAGAAUUCUUUUUCGAAGGACCUGUUUUUAGAAAAAGUGAAUCACGUCUUGAUUGGAUCGAAAUUCACAUUUUUUUGCUGGAUAAUUAUUUCAUCAUGGCCAAAGCAAGAAGAGAUAAGAGAACAAAUUCGAUGAAAUACUUGGUAUCGAAGCGGCCAAUACCGAUGGAUCUCUUAGUACUUAACCCGUUAAUAGAGGAAUGGAACUCAAGAUCUAGCAAAUUUUUAGGAACUUUGGCAAGUAACUUCCCCUACGAAGGAUCUCUCAAUGCUAGGUCAAAGAGAAAAAGUCGCUUGAACUUGGAUAUUCGUAAUGAUUAUAAUUCCGACAGGAUGAAUGAGGAUUCAUGGAACAAUUUAACACCCGAAAAACCGCAUUUUUAUCCUUUUACAGUAAGACAUCUUGGUGGACUUUCUUCUACUUACACUUUAUAUACGGAAUCUUCGCAACUCCGAAAACUUUGGAUGGACAAAAUCAAUUUUGCCAGAAAAAGACACGCUCAAAAGAUGCACAGAAAAAAUCCGUUUACAUUGCAGAUUGUUAGCGACGUAUCUUUUCAGUAUCCGCCUGCUGAUAUAUCUGGCACACUUGACUCGUCUUCUCGAUCGCCGGAAAUAAGCUUGGUUGAAGGAUCCGUAGUAGACCGAGCAUUGACAAUGGCAGCUUGGAGCUAUCCUAUACACAAUGAAGAUGAUCUACCCGAGGCCAUUAAUUAUGGGGAUAUAACAUGUAUUUCGCAAUUUGGAGGCACGGAUGGAAAGUUGUCAAUUUGUAUAUCUACUACGACCGGAGUUUUCCUCGGCUUCUUUGGGGGUAAUAGCAAUAUUCGUGAAUGGCGUAAAAUUUCGAGUCAUAGACGAGUAACUCAGAUAGGAUUUUUGGAGGAAUUUGACUGUUUGUUAGAGCUACGUGAUCGAUCCAUGUAUGCCUAUAGACUAAGCCGAGUAAUUGAGAGUGGAACUCUAGAGCCUAAAGUUGCAAUACCUGUUGGUAAUUCUCACAAUAUAUCCUUCUUUAAGAUUUCUAAACUAACGGAAGGUGCAUCUUUAAAACGAGAAAGGACACUCAUUUUCUUUAAACAAGGAUCCGGUAAUUCCAGUUCUAUCCAUUGUUGUGAACCUGUUGUUGGGCUUGGUCAUCAUAAUCAAAAAGCCUACAACUUCAAAUUAAAGAAUGUCAGUUCUUUCCGCACUUUGGAGGAAUUUCGAGUACUUGCGGACUGCUAUUCCAUCAAUUGCUUCAAAUACUCUAUAGCUAUCAGUCGACAAAAGGGAAUAGAUAUUGUACGCUUAGAUCCGAAAUUGGCGGUUAGUUUUCCUAGUCCCUCUGUUUUGGCGGAUCCUCUCUAUCGCUCACGUUUAAACAGUUCCAAACCUCUAGGAGUAUUUCGUGUUCAUGAUCCAGCAAUAUUUGCUUGUUGCUAUCAAACUGGAGCUCUGUUCGUUAACGGCGAGGGAAGUUUGAUUAAAAAGGACGCAUGGCUGCCAUGGAUAGGUAGACCGAAUUCGAUUGCAUGUCACGAAGGAUACCUUAUGGCAUUCAGUGAUGAUUUCAUAGAGAUAUGGAACUCUCGCUCAAUGAAGCAAGUACAAAUUAUUCAAGGAAACAAUAUCAGACUCCAUUCUAGCAACAGCGAUUUACUACCUGACGGAAAGCAUGUCAUGUUUAGCAUGACACAUCCUCAAUUUCAUGAUCGCCAUUUAAUCCUUGCAUUAGACCUUGUAAAGGAAGAAAAUCUAAUGGACAUAUGAAAGUUUUAUCAGACGUAAUAUUUAUUCUUUUUAUUUUUAUUUUAUUUUUUUAGGAUUUUUUUUUUUUUACUAAUGUGGUCUUGGUUCCUUCUUUGUUGCUUAGUGCUGGUGGUAUAUAGGUUCCGCAAGGAUGGAAAUAUUUAGGAAUCCAUGAGGUUUUUAAUUGUUUAACUUACAUUACAUGUACACAUUAACAAGUGCAAUAUCUCUAAGUAUAUACCCUCAUAUAUAUGAUUUGUGAUGUCUAUCAAAUAUUUGAAAAUACCGCUUCUAACUAUUAUUUAUGAUUUGGCAUAUUGAUUGCAGCAUUUUUGCAUUUGGGCUAAUUAGUUUUUUAUUUUGAUGUUUCAGUUACUUCAUAAGAAAUAUAUUGAUUGUUUAUAAUGGCUUUUUAGGUAUUUGCAACACUUAUCGAA